AUGCCCUUUAAUCCAUUUAAGUUAGAGGUUGCAGAUAAUUACUUGGUACAAUACUUCCAAUGUAUCGCCUCCCGGUCUCUAACAACUUUUGGUCACGACCCUACAGAUGUAGGAAAUGUCCUCAUGCGCAUGACACUCGCAAACAGCUCUCCUUCUGCCGCUGCAGUGCUAAGAUCUAUGCUCGCUUUGUCAUCUCUGCAUCGCGACGGGCUUCAGCCACAGGCAGCGGAGCUCAAGAUAUCCGCUCUUAGGGCCCUUGCAGCCGCCUCAAAGAACAACAUUAGUGUAACAGAGGCUGCUCAACAUGUUGCAGCGGGGAUGCUCUUAUCCAUCAAGCUUCCUGCACAUCAGGUCAAUGGAGAUGGCCACUUAUCAGAUGUUUGCGACACAAUAUCCGCAAAACCACCACGCACCAUGUUCGCCAAGGACCUCGAUGAUUACAAAAAUUACUUAAAAAUCCUCAGAUGGAGGAUACGGAGUAUUUCCCCGUCGGACUCGACACCCAGGAACGGCCCCGGUUCGACAAUGAUCGUGGAAUUGUUUCAAUUAGCUAUGCUGGUAUAUCUUAACCGAGCAUCUGGAAACCUUCUCGAGCGUACAGCUGAAACUGAACAACUGGUUAGAAGGGCCUUCGCCAUAUUCUCUGAGCUCGGUUCUUGUGAGAGACAGUUUCCCUUGUUUAUAUUAGGCUGUGAAGCACGAACGGAUGAUGAGAGGUGUACCGUCCUCGAUCUUAUUUCUAGAACGGAGAAGGUAGCUUCCUCACGAUCCCUUCUUCUGGUGAGAAAGAUGGUCCAGGCUAUCUGGAACCAGGAUGAUCUUGCUGAUGGAGAGAUUGAUUAUGAGGAGACAUUGAGUGUGAUCAUCAGCUGCUGUGCAAUUUUGCCGACCUUUGUCUAA